AUGGCCUGUACAUCUAUACCAGAGACAAGGAGAAUUGUACUUUUGGGAAGAUCGGGACAUGGAAAAAGCAGUGCUGGGAACACAAUUCUCGGAGAGAAAGCAUUCACCCCUAAAGUUUCGGGUGAUUCUGUAAAUGCUCAGAGCUCAAAAGCUCAGAAGAAAAGGAGAUAUGGGAGAAAUCUCACGGUUCUUGAAAUGCCUGGAUUCUUUGACUCGGAUUCUGAAGACUUCGACACAAAGUCUGAGCUCAUCAAAUCUCUAGUUGAAUGUGCUCAAGGUGUCGAUGCGUUUGUGAUCGUUUUAAAGGCUCAGAAGUACACGGGAGAAGAACUGGAGAUCAUUCAACAACAUCUGAACAGACUGAAAGAAAAUGUGCUUGACCACAUCGUGAUCCUAUUCACAUUUGGUGAACAGCUACAAGGAAAAACCAUCGAGGACUUCAUGAAGGACUGCUCAGAGCUACAGGAGCUGGUUGACAAAUGCGGAGGCCGCCAACACGUCAUCGACAGCAAAUGCUGGAAAAAACGUCCAUGGGGCUACAGGAGCAACAAAGCUCAGGUGAAAAAUCUGCUGAAAACGGUUGACGAGAUGGUGAAUAAGAGCGGCUUCUACACCAAUGAGAUGCUGCAAAAGCUGGAGGAGAGAAUUCAAGAGGAGAUCAAGAACAAUGAGGACAAUCUGCCUCUGGAGGAGAAACGAGAAAAGGCAGAGGGAAACGUCCAGAAUAAAAUACUGGAGAAGGUCACAGGAGUGACGACAGGAGUGCUGAUUGGUGUUUUUCUGGGUGUAGGUAUUGCAUUGGCUGCAUUUUGGGCUCUUUUUCAAGCAAUCUUCCCUUUAAGGGCACUGCUAAACAUGGCAACACUUGGAACGUUUGCAAAAGGAGCAUUGACAGGAGAAAAAGCAGACGGCGAAGACAACGCAGAAAAAGCAGAUGGAGAAGGAAAGGCUGAAGAAGCAGAUGAUAAAACAAGAGAAGCAGCAGAGGAAAUGGGAGGAAAAACAGCAAGAGAAACAGCAGUGAAAGCAAUGGCAGCAGCAGGUAAUGCAGUGUCAGGAGCCACAACUAUUACUGCUGUCCUGGGAACCGCAGCGUUUGCAGGAGCGCUUGCAGGAGGAGUCACUGGAUAUAAAGCAGCAGAAGAAGCCGAUUCAGUGUAUGAUGCGAUGGUGAAGUCAGCAAAGCUCAACUAUGACAAUGCCGCGACCAUGAUUGGGAAGGCACAAGAGUUUGUCACUGCAUUCAAUGACAAAUCACAAACAGAAUAAAAGGAAAAUCAUAACGAGUCAGCACCAGUAGCCCUGUGGUUAGUGUCACUAAGGUGCUCACA